AUGCCGGAGAAGAGUAAAUCGCGCAAGGGACGCCCGCGCAUGCCAACCGGAGGAUCUACCCGCGGCACUACGGUAGUUUGGGGCGAUUACGGUCUCCGCAUGAAGGACCACGAUCGCAGAAUAUCCGCCUCGCAAUUGAAGAUCGGAAUGGAAACGAUAAACCGCCGGCUCAGAGGCAUGGAUUUCAAAUUGUACACAAGGGUCAGCGCGAAUAUUGGUGUCUAUACUUCUGGCAAUGAACAACGUAUGGGUAAAGGAAAGGGGCUCUAUGAGUUUGUUAAAAAGGGCGAUCCGCCAGUUGUUGGGAUUACCAAAUUGACAGACGGAAUUACGUUGGAUUCAUUAAAGAGGGCGAGACGGGAGAUAACUCCUACAGUUAUCACAGAACAACCCUCCGUCUCUUCAGCGAGUGUUACACCUUAG